AGCAAUCCCGGCGGGCCGCGCGCGCGGCCGCGUUUGAAUGGCCCUGAGUGGGGCUCGGCCCGGGAGCCGAGGGACUCUCUAGGCUUCCGGGCGCAGUUCGUCAGCGCUAGGACUGAGCUGAGGCGCCGCGGUACCAUGAGGCGCCGGUAUUCAAGAGAUUAUGGCAUCUGAAACCCACAAUGUUAAAAAACGAAACUUUUGUAACAAUAUUGAGGAUCAUUCCAUUGAUCUCCCUAGAAAAAGAAUCUCUAAUUUUACUAAUAAGAACAUGAAGGAGGUUAAGAAAUCUCCAAAACAGUUGGCUGCUUACAUAAAUAGAACAGUUGGACAAGCUGUGAAAAACCCGGAUAAACUACGUAAGGUGAUUUAUCACAGAAAGAAAGUUCAUUAUCCUUUUCUAAAUCCUUGUUACAAAAAAAAGCAGUCCCCUAGAAGUGGGGGCUGUGACAUGGCAAAUAAAGAAAAUGAACUGGCUUGUGCAGGCCACCUGCCUGAAAAAUUACAUCAUGAUGGUCGAACAUAUUUGCUUAACUCCAGUGAUUCUGGUUCUUCACAGACAGAAAGCCCAUCAUCAAAAUAUAGUGGGUUUUUUUCUGAGGUUUCUCAGGACCAUGAAACAAUGGCACAAGUUUUGUUCAGCAGGAAUUUGAGAUUGAAUGUAGCUUUAACUUUCUGGAAAAAGAGAAGCAUAACUGAACUUGUAGCUUAUUUGGUGAGGAUAGAAGACCUUGGAGUGGUGGUAGAUUGCCUUCCUGUGCUCACCAAUAGUUUACAGGAAGAAAAACAGUACAUCUCACUAGGCUGCUGUGUAGACUUGUUGCCUCUAGUAAAAUCACUACUUAAAAGCAAGUUUGAAGAGUAUAUAAUAGUUGGCUUAAACUGGCUUCAAGCAGUCAUAAAAAGGUGGUGGUCAGAACUAUCUUCCAAAACAGAAAUUAUAAAUGAUGGAAAUAUUCAGAUUUUAAAAGAACAAUUAAGUGGAUUGUGGGAACAAGAAAACCAUCUUACUUUGGUUCCAGGAUAUACUGGUAAUAUAGCUAAGGAUGUAGAUGCUUAUUUAUUACAGUUGCAUUGAGAGACUUCAUCUAGUGAAGAACAUUUGGUUAUUCAAAACAUCCCUGGACUAUAUGAUUUCCAAAAUGGCUCAUUGGAGAACUGUGAACUAUGGAAGAAAUCAAAACCUUUUUAUUUUAAACUAUAUAAUGAAACCACUAAUGAAACCCAAGCAUUCUACUUCACAUUGAAGUGGAAAAAUAUCCGAAAGGAGCAGCUUCAACUUCAAUGAGGUGAAAGUGCACUAUGAAGAUUGUUCACCUUCGCUGCGUUUGGGAUUUAUUUGGUUAUUUGGUGACAUUGUUUAGGAACUACUGGAUUUUAAUGCAAUUCUGCAUAAGAAUAUACUUUAUACUAUGUGAAAACAUAAGACAACUUAUUACUAGGAACCACAGAGACCAAUCAUCAUUACUUUUUUUAAGAUUGUGUUUUAUAAGAAAACACUCAAAUGUGUGCAGCUAUUUUCUUAUGUUGAAAAGACUUGGAAAGUUUAAAACAUCAUAACAAAUAAUCAAUACUAAAAGUUUUUGUCCACCCUGAGAUACUGUGUAUACAAAAUGCCUUAAUUAAUAAGCCAAUGUGUAUGAUACGAAUGUCUGUUUUAAAAAAAUUAAAACCAACAGUGCUUCUGGCAUGCUAAAAUCAUGCUCAAAUCAGGGGCUUCCAUUCAUAUAGAAUGUUGUUAAAAAUUACUCCACACCAUCUGUAAAACUUGAGAAUAUUUUUAAUAUCUCUGAUUUUUUUGCCAGAAUCAUUAUGUCAUGUAUGUAUGUAUUAUGCCUAUGUAAAAGAAAAGGUGAAUAUGUAUUUGUAUGAAUGCUUCGCUGGAAAUGUUCAUGGAGUUGGCUAAUUUAUAUUCACUUUCUAUUGUAUAUAGAUUUCUAAUAUUUUCAGUUCUGUAUCAUUUAAGCUUCCUUCAUUUGAGUAAAUUCACUAAAUAUUUCUAUUUUUUGCUUUUUAAAUUCUGAUUUUAUAUGAAUUCUAAUUCUUUUUCAUUACAUGUUUUAAAAAAUGACAAACAAUGAUUUAGAAAUGUUUACAGUUAGUGCUGACCUUGUAUUUUAAAUUCCAACACUUCGUAUUACUACCUCCUCCAAUGGUUGGUAUGAAAUGCCAGCAGACUAUAUGAGGUCUUUUUUUGUUUUAAAUACCAUUUUUAGUGUCAACCCACUUCUGGAGUGUCUUCACAGCUGUAUAUCUUAGCCUACCUUGAAAAUGAUUGGGAUUUUAAUACCACUAUUGGUUCCUCCAUCAUCUCGUCUUUAAUGAGCCCAAGAGGCAUCUGAGCAAAGAUUGUUAGUCAUCAAAUUUCUAUGCAGUAAUCCUUCAAGCACUUGAAUGUCUUUAGCGUUUACCCAGUUAGCAACUACUGAUGUGAAUCCUAAACAAGCAUCUUUCUUGCUUUAAAAAUAUUAAAAAUGUUACCUUUCACUGAGUUCUCUUUUUGUGUAGCUAUAUUUCAUAUAGCUAUGUGUUAUUCCUCGCAGUGAACAUCAUUUGUAGUAAUUGGCUAUUUUCUUAAGUCUUUAGAAUAAUUUCAGAUUACUGCACUUCUCUGAUUUGAGAGUUGAGUUAUUUAAGAAGUCAAUCUUCAGGAGGUGGGAAUUUGAAUCGGAAACCUGCGUCAUCCCUGUGAAACCUUAAGAUGAUGAAAUAUAACCUUUCUUUGUUCCUGUUCCUUUAGUUAUCACUGUUUAAUCUAACAGUUUGAACCUGUUAACUCAGAGCAUGGUGCUAGUGAGAUUAAGGACAGGAGCUGGAGCCUUUUAUAGGUUCACUAACUUGACACACACACACAACUUUUUCACAGCUACCGAUUGCACCUUAGGCAUCCAUCUCCCAAAUUCAGCUCUUGGUCACAAGGAAGAUGGUGUGUAGAGCUUAGUAUAAACCCUUCACUCAAAUAGAAAGAUAACUCAAAUAUUUGGUAUAUGUAAAAUUAUAGACUUUUAAUCUAAUAUUUAAAAUAAUGUUAAAAAUAAUAUAUGUAAAAUACUGUGUCACUGUAAUUUUGGGUAAGAUCAUUGACUAAACAGUACCUUCUAAAAAUUAAACUUCAGUAAAUCUAACUUCAGUAAACAUUAAGUACAAAUACAGGCAGAACAGUAAGAAGAGGUACAAUCCUGAGUCCUUGUACCUAACUUUGAGUUUGUUGAACGAGAGUGGAUAACACUAUUUUACAUACUUGGAGCAUAAAAGGCAACAGAGUGUUUAGCUCACAAAGAUUGUUCACUAGCACACACUCCUAAUUUCUGUGGCCUUUGCAGCUUGCCUUAGUACCUGCCUCUUUCAGGUACUGAGUUAUGACUAGUGUUAGGUGAUUGUUAAGAUUCUUGGAUAAAGGAUGUUAGAUCUAAGUAAACAUUGUUGAAUACCUCUGUUCUAUGAAGCUCUUCUCAUGCUAUUUAAUCAGAACAGUGUUGAUCUCCAGAAAGAGCCAAAGAAAGUGUUUACAAAGUAUUUUCGCUGUUGUAUUGACCUAGAUUAGGACAAUUGCUGUCUGUCAUUGCUCAUUUGUUGCUGUACUGCUAAGCAGUAUACAGAACUGAGGGACUACCCAGGGUCUCUAUGCCUUACUACCUCUUCUACCUUCUUAGGUUUUCUGUCCUGGACUUUGCUAACUUUGCAAGUCUAAUGACAGGUAGUUUAUCAAGGUGAUAGAGGGUUAUAAUCAAAUAAUUUGUUUCUACUAGGAAUGAAGUGAAUGGCUUUUGUAAUGAGUGAUCAUGAUCAGAGUAAGGAUUAAAAGUUGGGAAGCCACAUUAUCAGAUGGUUUUCAAAAUUAAUCUUUUGGUAGUAAUUUUAAAGAUAAUUGAUAUAGAUUAUUUACACAUGCAAGAAUUUGGAUAUCUAUAUCCAUUUUGGUUAGUCAUGAAUAUCAGCACUGAAGUCUAAGGGCUACCUAGGAAUUAAAUCCUAAUCCCCCUAAACAUACUUGGUACAUGUCAUGUGCUAAUCUUAAAAAUCGUUGUGUGGGUUCAAGGCUAUAUUUCUGGCCUUUGAAAUAGUAAUUUUCUGAAACUUAGACAUUUCUAUAUUUGGCAAGAUAUUGAUAUAAUUAACAUUAAUGGAUAACUAGUUUGAGUAAUGAUUAGCUAUUAAAUGCUUAUAAUAGAAAUCAUUUAAAUGUUUAGUUACUUAAAUUAGUCAAGGAGUCUGAAAAAGCAAAAUAUAAGUUAUUUUGUUAGUUAUGCUCAGUUGUCUUUCUUCCUAUUUAAGAACAAGAUGGUAAUGUCAGUUGCCUUCGUUAAUUUAAAGGGAAAAAAAUAGAAUCACAAGCAGCUGACUCAACUGGAGGGAUCCAUUUGGAUGCACUUCUUCUUAUCCUUCAGUACAGAUUUUUAUUGCCUGGAUUACUUCAGAUGGAAAUAUUUGGUCGUCGGGAAAGUCAUGAUGUAUUUUUCUAUGUUUUCCAGUGCAAAAAUGCAUCGACUUUCCCGAUGACCCAAUAGUAUUGCUGGACAUUUGUAGGUAGGUGUUUACUCCUAUGUUAUUCUUUUUUCCUUAAUUUCCAAUUCUAGCUGUGAAAAUUGUCAUAAAACUUUGUGACACACUGUUCCCCCUUCUUUUUUCAUUCUGUAACAGGAAUAUAGAAUAAAAAAUUCCUCCCUAAA